AUGGCCAUCAUCUCGCAUCCCAACCAUGUCGCGGUCUCGGUACCGGAUGCUGCCAAAGCGGCCGAGUUCUACACCCAAGUCUUGGGCCUCAAGGUCCUGGUGCCAGAUAACACUAUGAAUGCCGAAGACGCUGGUGGCGUGCCUCGGAAAAUUUAUGGCGAGGAGCUGCAGCGAGUUCGGUCAAUUAUCCUCACUGCUUCAAACGGGAUCGGCUUCGAAAUCUUCGAAUUCGUUGCACCAAAAUAUAAUGGGGCACAGCAAAGACCCGAAUGGGGCCCAGACAGUUACACACGAGGCGGCUUCUUCCAUGUCGGGUUUGUCGUUGCAGACAUCGACGAGACGGUGGAGGCGUGCGAGAGGUUGGGAGGCAAGCUGGUUGGCGAAAAGGUCCAUCCGGUGCCUGGGGAGGCUGCCCUAUACAUGCAGGACCCAUGGGGAAACAUUAUUGAGCUCAUGACUUGUGGAUUUGACCAGAUGUUCUCCCAGGUGAUUAGCGCGGGUAGAUAA